AUGGGCUGUUCGGGCUCCAAAGCGGCCGAGGUCGCCUCCGAGCCCUUCCCCGCGGGCAACGCGGACGCCAGCGCGCACGUCACGGCCCGCAACUCGGCCCACAGCCCCACCAAUGAGGCCGACCGCCGCGGCAACGGCCUCGGCCCGUGCGCCGCGCAGGCGCACGGCCCGGGGACCAUUCUCCGCAAGCUCGGCUCAGGCAUCCACGAAACGCUCGCGGAGCUCCACAGCCUCGACGUCCUGACGUACAGCCAGGCCGAAGACCAGGAGGUGGCCCUGCUCAAGGCCUCCGCGUGCAUCGCGGCCGUGGACCGCCUCCUGGACCCCCUCGUCCACAAGCUCCCCGACGCCGUGUCCCGGGGCGACGGCGCGCGCGGGUGGGGGGACAUACAGCUGGCCGAGCUGGCGCAGCUCGUGCGAGGCGCGGUCGAGGCGCAGGCGCUCCGGAUGAGCGAGGCCGAGGACAAGGGCGGCGCGAGGAAGCUGAACAUCAAGGACGGCAUCGUCAAGGCGCUGGCGGCCAUUUCGAGGCUCGAGAGCAGCCUCAGGGGGGGCCUCGGCGACGAGGCUCCUCAGAGCGCCGGGCUGUCGCGUCUGUGGGGGCUCAUCGGCGCCGUCGCGUGCCGGGAGGUCGCCGUCUCGAGCCAGGCGACGUACCAGCGGCUCAAGGACGACGCGUUCGGCGUCUGCGAGGCCGUUGGCGCGACCAUGCCUGCCUGCGCAGGGCUGCUGAGCAGCGCAGCGAAAUGCGACGUGCUCUACCUCGCGGCCGGUGCGGCGCAGCAGGAAGGCAAGGCGUCGCUCGUGGUGCGCCGCGGCAGCGCGUUCCGCGACCUCGUGGCUGCCCUGUGGCCGCGGGCGAGGGACACCGGCCUGGCGCGGUGCAAGCUGUUGCCGGCGUUCGUCGACGCGGCGCUGUGCGCGGACGGCGCCGCGGCGGACGCGGACGCGGUGCGCGAGGCCGGCGAGGGCCACGGGCCGCGCAAGGAGUUCUUCAGCAUGGUCGGCGAGGCGCUGUGCGCGGAGGGGGGGGUGUUGGAGUACGUUCAGGGCUCAGAGUCGUACUGGGUGUCCAGGUCGCCAGCGAAGCGGUCAGACGGGGAGUGGUGGAUGGCUGGCUGGAUCAUGGGGCAGUGCCUCGCGAACCGCUGCAGCCUCGGCAAGCAGAUCUCCCCCGUCCUCAUCCGGGCGCUGCGGCAAGGCCCGGAGUGGGAGCCUUCGCUGCGUGACCUGAACGCGGUUGACGCCGCGACCGCGCACGGGAUCCGGCAGGCGGCCGACCUCGCGCACUCGGACCCCGUUGCGUUCGCGGAAAUCGCCGAAGCUGCGGGCGUCCCGGGCGACGUGCCCGCGGGUGUGUUCGCGCUCGUGUCGACACACCACGCGCUGGUGCCGCCCGACAGCGGCGCCGCGCCCCGGGCCAAGGGCGGCGCGGACGGGCUGCAGCUUAUGUCGGAGGGCUUCGUGCAGGCCCUGGGCGGCACCGUGGGCCUCGAGCUGAUGGCGGAGCUCGCCGUUGGCGACGAGGACGUGUGCGAGGGGGUGUCCGGGGCACGUCAGCACCGGGACGGGGACUUUCCGGUGCUCGCGUACUUCCACCUGGCUCCGGACGAGGAGCUGCGCGGCUGCCCGGAGCUCCUGGAGGCCCUGCGGGUCGUUGUGGAGGCGCUGGAGCCUCCCAUGAAGCGCAAGCUGCUGGCCUUCGUGACAGGCACGGACCGGCUCCCGCGGCCCGGCACGGAGCUUCUGCGCGCCGAGCUGCCCUUCGUGGCGCUCUCCGAGGACGAGCGCGCCGCGCAGCUUUGUAUGCUGCCGCAGGCGCACACGUGCAGCAACACGCUCGAGCUGCCGAACUACUGGGAGGCGCUGCAGGCGGCCGCCGCGGCCGCGCUCUCCCCGGAGCCGACGCCGGCGGCGCUGCGGGAGGUGCUGCGCGAGCGGCUGGAGACGGCAGUGCUGGGCACUGCCGGGUAUGACUUGGACGACUGA